UUUUGGGACACAGUUUCUGUCUGAUUCUCACAUUAUGUCGCUUUACAAAAAGGACAAAACUACCCAUCAAACCAAAAACGCGAAUUGGUUUCUUCUUCUUUGGUUCUUCUUCCUUUUUUUUCUUUACCCUCUCUGAUUUGAUCUUCUCUUCUCGGUUGAAAUUAGGGAUUUCUGUAAAAUUGUAAUGUGAUUUUGAGUAAAUCAUGAGCAAGCCCGAAGAUAUUUCCUACCCGAAUCCAACCGGACCCGAUCCGUCUCGAUCUUCCUCCGAUGAGGUCACCGUCACCGUCGCCGAUCAGGCUCCGUCUGAUCUCAAUCACGUUUCUGAGGAGCUAAGUGAUCAAUUCAGGAAUGUGGCUUUGGAUGAUUCUGCGAAAGAGCUGAGUGUUCCGAUUAGUGUCAAUGUAGAAACGGAUUCGAGGGCAAUAGGCAGCGAUCAAAAGGAGGAAGAAGAGCGUGAGAGUAUGAUUGAGAAGAGAAUGAUGGUGGUGUAUCCAGUGAGACCUGACGCAGAGGAUUGUUCGUUUUAUAUGAGAACAGGAAGCUGCAAAUACGGAUCAAGUUGCAAGUUCAAUCACCCUCUUCGAAAGAAACUUCAAAUUGGUAGGGAGAAAGUAAGGGAAAGAGACGAGGAUGUGGAGAAUCCUAAGCUGAUGGAGUGUAAGUACUACUUCAGGACUGGAGGGUGCAAAUAUGGAGAGUCUUGUAGAUUCAGCCACAUGAAAGAACAUACUUCUCUGGCCUCAGGACCAGACCUUAACUUCCUUGGCCUUCCUAUCAGACCGGGAGAGAAAGAAUGCCCUUUCUACAUGCGCAAUGGCUCCUGCAAGUUUGGAUCUGACUGCAAAUUUAAUCAUCCUGAUCCUACGGCUAUCGGAGGAGUUGAUUCUCCCUUGUUCCGUGGUAAUAACGGUGGACCCUUUUCCCCAAAGGCCCCAUCUCAAGCAAGUUCAACUUCUUGGUCUUCAACGAGACAUAUAAAUGGUACUGGUACUGCUCCUUUUAUUCCAGCCAUGUUCCCCCAUAAUCGUGGAGUUUCACCUCAAGCUUCAGAGUGGAAUGGGUAUCAGGCGUCUUCUGCCUAUCCACCAGAAAGGAGUGUGCUUGCUCCUUCCACAUACCCGGUGAACAAUUCAUUGGCUGAAACUAGUUCAUUCUCACAAUACCAACACCAGAUGCCUGGUGAGGAAUUCCCAGAACGCCCGGAUCAACCAGAGUGCACUUAUUAUCUUAAAACUGGGGACUGUAAGUUCAAAUAUAAAUGCAAAUACCAUCAUCCGAAAAAUAGAUUGCCAAAGCAAGCUCCAUUCUCUUUCAAUGACAAGGGCUUGCCCCUAAGACCUGAUCAGAGUAUGUGCACACACUACAGCCGAUAUGGCAUCUGCAAAUUUGGUCCAGCUUGUAGAUUUGAUCAUUCCAUACCGCCUACAUUCUCGCCCAGCAGCUCCCAAACCGUAGAAGCUCCUCAAGGUGGCGCUAACGGAAAUGAAGAUGACAGCUGGCAUUGACAUCACAUGUUCAGAAGCCUGCGUAAGGGAUACUUUUUUUCUUUACCAUCAUAGGCUUUUCAGUUCUUAGGAUCAAACUCUUCUUUUGGCUUUGGAGUUUAUAAAAACAUUUAGGUAAAUUAUAGUCUCCAAACUACAUCUAUCUGGCAAGUCUGAUGCUUGUUUACAGAAUUCUCACCCAAUAACUUUUCUCUCCCGCUUUAACUGUAACUAUCUACUCUUUCACUAAGGUUCAGUCUAAUCGAAGCAUGUUCUGUUUAUGAUUU